UUCGAAAACAAUUCGUAAAUUGCGCAAUUUUCUAGCUCGUGCAAUCAAAGCCUACCUAGUAUCUGUUGUCUCGUGAUGAGCGUUUCAUUGCCACCCUGACAGGAUCUCUUCCAUCUAGAAUCAUAUGAGGUGCUGCUCUAGCUGCUCUAGCUGCUUACUAAGUUACUUCCCUCCUGGUGCCCAAUCAAAGUACAAAGCAAGCAAUCUACAGAAAGUGUGCUCAGGAGGUUGGCAAUUAGCUUCAAAUGCACAUGCCGGCGCUGGAAACUUGUUGAAAAGAGCUGGAGAAAAUGUCAGUGCCGUGGAAGGAGAGACUGGCAGCGUCUGGGGCCAAGUUGAAGGAAGCGACCCAGAGCGCUGGGACGUCUGUAAAGAGUGGCAUGACCAACUUCAGUGGCAAUUGGAAGGAGAAGUACAAGCCCGGCAUAGCGGCCAAGCUGGCUGCAGCGGGUGAGGCGAUCAAAGAGGGGGGAGCAAAAGUAUCCCAGGGGCUGUCGGAUACAAAGGAGAAGGUUAUGGGGGGGAAGAUGGGACAAAACAUGCGGCAAGGAUCCCAAAGAGCGUUACUCACGAGCAAGUCAUUGAUGCAGCGCCUCGACUGGCGGCAACGAGUUGGCGCAUCCGGAAAGGGAGCGUUUGGCGUAGCGCUCGAUCAGCUCCUGCUGAAGCCCGGCGCCACCGCCGACUCGAUCCCGCUCGUUGUGACUCGCUGCGUCAAUUAUCUGACUGCCUCAGGCCUGCAAGCGGAGGGAAUGUUUCGUACGCCUGGCAAGCCGGACGUCAUCCGGAAGCUCGUCCGGUUGUACGACACCGACCCUGCCGCCCCCCUCCCCGUGGGCACUGACGUCAUCGACGUGGCCGCCCUGCUGCUGCUCUUCUUCCAGCUGCUGCCCGAGCCCGUGCUGACGUACGAACUGUACGACGAACUGCUGCUCGUGGGGGGCGCCGAGGUGGACCGGAUACGCGGGUUUGUGGCCACCGGGUUACCGCUAACCAACGCCGUCACGCUCAAGUGCCUCUGCGGCCUGCUGCGCAAGAUUAGCAGCUUGUCCGCCGUCAAUAAGCUAAGCGCGCACGACCUCGCAACGCAAGUGGCCCCCGUCUUGGUGUGGCCCCGGCCCCCCGUCGUUCUCGACAGCCCGUUGCGCACCUUCAGCUUCCGGCGGUCCUCCCCUUCUAGUUCCCCUUCCCCCUCCAAACUCGCCAGCCCCCGUGGGUCUGACGGGCUGGAAACACAGCUGUCUGCGGAAGCAGAGGUUCUGACGCUGGAUGAUGACGCGCCCGCGGUGCUGACCCCGUCACAUAUACCCCUGGAUGAUGCGACGCCGGAAGAGCAUGCGAUUCGCGCGGCCGUGCAAUGCAUGAUCGAAGAGUUUGACGUCAUCUUUGGGGGAAUAGAGGGCUCUGAGUGACGCACCAGGAAGUCUCACCGGCAAUUCUGUCGAUGAAAAACUUGUUGGGGAUGUUUUAAGUCGGAAGUCCACGUUAACGGUCCUGCACGAGCAGUGCGCAGUCGGCUUGCUUGCUCAAGGCUCAAAACAUAACUGAACAUACUGAGGGUCUGCACCUUAACAACGUCAGUUUCCGAAAGGUAAGUCGGGCGCAGGUUGUUGAAAGCAGAUUCCGCGCACCACUGAAUCUGACUGCAACAGCUGCCGCAAACAUUUGCCCUGGUAAUGUGCAGCUGUCAUGCUGCGAUUGUAGAUAAUGACAUGGACGUGCCUAACGGCAACUAAGAGUCAGACAAAAGCCUUGCAGCGGCUGCGCUGGGUUGAUUGUCCAGUCCGAGCAAAUCAUGGCACAAGUUUCAAGGCGCAACAGCGAUACCACUUCAGUGGAUAAAGGAGUCAAGACGUUAUAGUGAGUGACGGCCGCGCUUGAUCUGUACGGUGCGUAUUCGAAUCGUGAAAAGUUUACUAGAGCCUGGUGGCGUGACCGCUAGGCCGGUCAGGU